GGAGUCCAUUUUGUUCCGGUCGGCGUUACCGUGCGGAGAUGCUGAUCUGUCUCGGGAACUAUUCGAAUUGAUGAACUAUUUCGAGCGAGGAACAUCCGGAAGCAGGCAAGUUCCUUUAGUCGCGACUCGAUGCUCAUUUUAGGAAGCUGGAACUCGAAUGCUUGAGAGAGCAGCUUUCGCGACGUCUCGACUCGUCCUAACGACGCCUCGUAGGAACGUCGGUUUGACAAUCACGGGAGUGACGCUCGUUAGGACAGCGCAGAAAUACAAGAUCGGAAUUCGCUGAUAAGAAAAUUGGCCGCGGCGAGAAUCGGGUGCGCUCAAUUCUCGCCACGUCCCUGCCUCGGCCGGCCCACUCGCCAGGCGGCGGCAGCAGCUUCAUGGGGUUCCGCGGCGGGCGCCACCGCUCCUGCCCGAAGUUGACGUCAUCGGCGCGUGCGCGUCGGGUCGGACGGCACUGCAGAAGCAGGCGAGUUCGCGAGUGUAUCGAUUUUACGAUCGUGCCUCUCGCGGUACUAGUGCGUCCGUUUCCUUUAGUUUUUUAGUGGCCGUGCACGUCGUACAUGGAUAAAACCGUGAAUGGGAUUACCCGCUAGACCCGCCGCUCCGUACACCGCCCGCUGACUCACAACUCCUCGUCAUCCUUCACCAUGACCAAGGAUAGAUUAGCAGCCCUCGUCGCGGCCCAGUCGGACGACGACGAUGUGGCGGACGACGUGUCCGUCAACGUCGGGGCGCAGGAUGACUUUAUGACGGAAUUCUUCGCGGAGGUGGAGGAUAUCCGCGAAAUGAUAGAUAGGAUCCAGACGAAUGUGGAUGAUGUGAAGAAAAAGCACAGCGCCAUCCUCUCCGCGCCGACGACCGACGAGAAGAUCAAAAUGGAGCUCGAGGACCUGAUGUCUGACAUCAAGAAAACUGCUAACAAAGUCAGAGCCAAGUUAAAGGUGAUAGAGCAGAACAUCGAGACGGAGGAGCACACGAACAAAUCGUCGGCGGAUCUGAGGAUACGCAAGACCCAGCAUUCGACGUUGUCCAGGAAGUUCGUGGAGGUUAUGACGGAGUACAAUCGGACACAGACCGAUUACAGGGAGCGGUGUAAGGGGAGAAUACAACGACAGCUCGAGAUCACGGGGAAAGUGACCACUAAUGAGGAACUGGAAGAGAUGUUGGAGCAAGGCAAUCCAGCCGUCUUCACGCAAGGGAUCAUCAUGGAGACGCAACAAGCAAAACAGACCCUCGCGGACAUCGAAGCGCGUCACAAUGACAUCAUUAAGCUCGAAAACUCGAUCAGGGAGCUCCACGACAUGUUCAUGGACAUGGCCAUGCUGGUCGAGAGUCAGGGCGAGAUGAUAGAUCGCAUAGAGUACCACGUGGAACACGCGGUGGACUACGUGCAGACGGCCACGCAGGACACCAAAAAAGCACUCAAGUAUCAAAGCAAAGCCCGACGGAAGAAGAUCAUGAUCAUGAUUUGCCUCACCAUACUGGGCAUCGUCGUCGCCACCACCAUCGGUGGAUACUUCGGACUGUGAACGCCAAAACCAGAGAAGUCCAAAGACAUCAGUAUCGUGUACCUAAUUCCAAACCGCCGGCAGUAUCAGCAUUCACUCAUAUCGCCCCGAUACGUGAAGCUGAUCGCCGUACAGACGAGAGGAUAUCACUGUCGAAGAUGCCACCGGCGCGCUUUUACCAUAACACCCCCGUCAUCGCUAGAGCCUGCAGUCUAUCACGCGCGCUUCCCAGCUCGACGCGAGAGAAACUUGCGAGAGGAGGAAUCGGCAUCAUCGUCGUCGUCAUCGUUGACGUCGUCACCGACGUCGUCCUCGUCGUCGUCUUCAACUUCGUCGUCUUCGUCGUCGUCGUCGUUAUGUUCGCGCCAUCCUCGUGGAAAGUCUCCUCCGGUAUCUAGGCUAGCGUUAGUUGCGUUCGGCUCGACGUAUAAGUAGAGGGGAAAGGAAGAGGGAGAGAAAAACAAGAACAAGCAUCCCCCUCGUUCUUUUGUAAUUAACCGCAGCUCGAUCGCGGCAAUUAUCUCCCCGAUAGAUCCGCCUUCGUUAGCCAGUCCCAGCCUCGAUCCUCCUCCCGCUCUCUCUUGCCACUCACCCCUCCCUCCUCCCACGUCAACGCGAAGCUUAAACCGUAAGCUCUCUUUGUGCGUGCGUCCUCUCGUCGCUUCUUCUCUCUCCUUUCUCUUCCCACCCCGUCCGCACCUCCUGUGGUUCACGCGGCGAAAACUAGGCAAAACAACGGGGACGACGUGUGCGAGGAGAAUCUCGCGAGCGGGACGAGCUGGGAAAACGAGAAAACGUCUUCGCGCGGAACGCGGCUAAAACUGUCAGUCGGAGAUCGAGCAACGUCUCCGAUCGGCGCAUCGGACGCAACGCGUCGUCCUAUCGACAGGACGGCCAUCGACACGAGGACACUGCCGGUGUUUCCCCCAUCAACCUCUCCCCCGUCACCUCAUCCUCCCUCUCCUUCAGCCCCGCGUGCCCGUGCGAAUGUCACCAAGGACGCGUCGUGCACCAUCGUCGAAUGAGCUCGACGAGACGCGUGUCUCGCCGGAGAAACCGCGACGGUCCGCGAUACGCGCCCCCUCCCGGGCUGGUGUUACCCAUCACCCUCUCCGCCCCCUCGAACCCCCCCCCCAUGAGCCGCACGAGCCUGAUGACCCAAUGGUGCUUUUCUGUGUAACGCGAAGGCGAUCAGGAGAGCAGCGGGCCUGCGUUUACCACAGCAGCCGCCUUCUUGCCGAAAGUAACGACGCGCACCACGGUGCCGUCGCUCGAGCCGGGUUUCUUUGACUGUGAUUUGCACACCGAGCUUGCUUCGGACGAGUCGCGCUUCCCAGUCACAUUCUGAAAAUCCGCGCUGAAAGUCCGCGCCGAGCCCGAGUCGCGCGCGAUCUCGCUCCGGUCGUCUUGUUUGAUACAUGUACACGCGCGAGAGAGAGAGAGAGAGAGAGAGGUUAGACGCGAAAGAUUAAACGCUAAAUCCGAACACGCUGAAUUCGCGACACAUACGUACACACCCACACGUGCACCCGCACGCAUACUACACGUAUACACACACACACGCGCGCGCGCGAAACGUCAGAUCCGUAAUCCGCGCUGGAGCAACAGGAGACGCGAGCGCGCGACACAUCGCUGAAUUAACAAUACUAAUUAGCACUAGCGCUCGCGGUAAUUGUAAUAAGCGAGAUUUCCACUUUGGCACACGCGCGGAGAACGUCCCGUGAACACUCUUUCGUAAAAAAAAUUCGAGGAAAGUCUAGGUAACUUAGCGGGUAGACCGUUGGCGUGUGUGAACGCCGCAGGCCCGUUCUUUUCGGCUGAAGGUUGCCGGCUCGCACUUUUUGUCACUCGCGAGAAACAAGUGUGUAAAUCUGGCGAUGAAAAGAAGAGGAACGAAGCAGUUCCGGUGCGGCGCUGAUUCAGCUGUAAAAAGGACAGGUCUCGCGCGUUACUUGAGACGGGAAUCAAUGCGCCGAUCGGGCAACACCCCCCCCGCUGAUCCAACCGCUCUGCGAGUCCACUUCGUGGCGCGCUGAGAUCUCCCAGCGGUUUACCCUUCGGCUAUACAUAUCACGCGACCUCGAGAGUAACGUUUUCGACACACACCUCCAAAUACACCUCUCUGUAUCCGGACGUUCGUGACGGAAUCUCGGCUGGAUGAGAGGGAGAGAGAGAGAGAGAGGGAGAGGGAGGUUUUCCUUCGACGGAGUUUCGAAGUCGCCGGUUGACUAAUUAAUACUGAUUAAUGCCGGGCCGUGAGACUGUAAAUUUCUCGGGGUGGGAUCUCGCUGGGAACGAGCGGAAUUUCAUUCGAAGGACCUCAGAGGGAGGACGUCUCGAUCACGGCCGUGCAGCAUUGUGGCUGUUCUCGUGGCUCGUGAAGUGACUUUCUUUCUCUCUCUCUCUUUCUCUCUCUCUCUCUCUCUCUCUCUCUCUCUUUCCGCGGAAAAGCGGCGAAAAAGCACUCGAUACUCUUGUACAGUUAGAUCGGAGGUCCUAGCUUUGUGUAAUAUUAAUUGAUAUCGAUCACGCAGGCUUAUACAUUACGACUAGAUUUUCCACCGUUAUCCGCAGCCUAUUUAUCACCUAAUAAGGACGAGGAAUUGCUGAGCGGAUUUAGUCAAAUAAUGCCGUGUCGGUGUAACCGAGUUCUCGGAGUUACUUGAUUAAUUUACGACGCGAUAAAGGCAUCGACGUCAGAGCGAUGCGACUUUUAUAACGGGUACUUUGAUUAGCGAAAAGUGUUACACACAUGAACACACCCACACAUACACACAUACACCAUAUUCACACACACGGACAUGUAUACACAUACACACACAUACGCUCUGUAUCUCGUUCGUUGUGUGAUCAUCGUAGCUCACUCGGAGAAGGUGUUACGACCAAUAGGUGUUCAGUGAAAGGAACAAUCAAUUCUUCCGAUAUUUCUAUUUAGCUGUAAUUAGCAGAAUUAAUUGCGAUAUAGCGAGGUGUAGACAAAGAAGCAAUCGUGUCUCCGCGCAGACACGGCCAGAAUCUUCUUCCGCGUUGUUCGCGUCGCGCGCGCGACAUUUUUGGAAUGUGACCGAGAGAGGCGAUGAGACGAAUGUUCAACAAGCACGUCACAAAUUUAGAGUAUAGAUUUAAUUGUACGUACGAUAUACGCGCGGUGUUACGCAAUUAGGUUCUCGUAUCUUGCUUUUCGUGCGUUUUUCCAUAUUCUCUUCACGCGAGAUGCUUUCACCGGGAGGUCGAUAGGUUUUAACGUCUUCAAUUUCGUGUUGCACAAAACGCCAUUAGGUAUUGGGUAUGACUAACAAUAACGGAACCUCAACCGCGAUUUUCGCCUUGGACGACAGUUGUUCUGCGUCUUCUGUAAUCUCGACGAACCCUCAUAAAGAGCCGAAGUAGCGAUCCUUACGUUGUGCCUCUUCGAAGCGUUUUCGCCCCACAGGUAUGACAAUUUUCCAGUACUUCGCUCGUUUCUUUGCCGUUUGAUCGGGCCCCUGUAUUAUUUGCGAAUUCGUGACCGAAAUUAUCCUGUUGCGAUCUCACUUUUCCGUUACUUUCGUCACUUUUCUCUCCAGUUUAGCGCGUGAAUCCGAAAGCCGUUGUUGUUGUCGCGUCCAUCUAAGUAACUUCGAAUCGCCCUUUGGUGCUUCUGUCGCGAAUUUCUACCAAAUUUCUUUUCCUUUUCAAUCCGCCAUUAACACGAGGGUUCUCGAAAAUCUCGAGUAUGCGAAAGGUGCACCACCUUCGAAACGGUUAACCCCAACAACGUGAACAAAGGAAAAGAGGGCAUGAUAAAAAGAGCAACAUAGUACGAGAGAAAGCGUGAAAGUGAGGGAGAAAAUGCGAAUGCGUGUGAGUGUGUGUGCGUCUGUGCGUGAGAAACAGAAAAACAGCUAUUAAAAGCUGCAGCAAUAAUAUAAAUAUAUAUAUAGGUGUUACGAAAAAAAAAAAAUAAUUAAAGGUAAUCCCAUUGGCGGCGAGCAAGAAUGAGAUAAAUGUGAAUGACAUUGUAUGUACACGGGCAUGUAUACAUAUACAUAUUUAAAAAAAUAUGUAUGUAUACACAUAUAUAUAUAUACAUGCAUAUAUAUGUAUAUAUACAUAUAGGUAGAUAGGUAGGUGGCAUGUGGUCGAGGAGAGAAUAAUAAUAUUAAUAACGACAAUUAUUAUAUCGGCAGCGCCUAUAUUGCUCCUCGACAGAUUGAAUAACCUGUAUCGGGACAGAGUGCUGGCGGCGUUAUAUAAUGUUAAUGUUUUGUUGAGUAUAUAUAUAUUAUAUUAUUACGAACGUUGAGGUGCAUACACAUUCAGAAAAUUAUGGGUUAAUGUUUAAGAAAGGAGAGAAGUAAGAGGCGAGGAGAGAAAGAGAAAGAGAGAGAGAGAAAGAGAGGGAGACAGACAAAUGAUACAACGGCGAACGAUUACGAUUUACGCAUCACACCGCAGCGUGCGUUGCUGUAAUGAUUAAUAUUAAAAUAAUAAUAAUAAUAACGAUGACUAAAAGUAUAUAUAUAUACAUAUAUAUAUGCAUAUACAUAUACAUAUUAAGAGAUCACCUUGCAUUGUACAGAAAGCAUAAUAAUUGUUAGUUUAGGUAGAACGAACAUUACGAUCUACUAAUCUGAUUAUCCAAUACAACUAAGAUGGUUAAGAUUUUGAACGCGUAAUCUCCCCCUCUGUCACACACGAGUUACGAGUCGACGGUCGUCGAGAUAGGGUAUUAUCCUCUGAUUAUAUCCUGUUCUUAUUACAUCCGACUAAUUAACGGAUUUUUGUUGAGGAGAACGGUUUGCGCUUGUCGAUAAGCAUCGCGUUACCCGCGUUACUCGGCCGAUGAAAAAUGAAACGGACGAAAGGGGGAGAAAGAGCGGAGAAACUCUCUCGGCUAUUCCCGGAGAAGACGGGGGAUCUCAUUCAGAGCCGCGACACGCACGUCGCAUCUCCGUUCUCCCCCUCUCACCGUUUUUCAUUCGCACUUUGAUCGCAGAUCUCGCCGAUCGCACCGCGUGUAAAGGCCCGCGCGUUCGCCUUACUUUUAUCCCGGACGACGCGCUACAACCGUCGAUUUCCGCGCGCCGAACCCGCGGCGCACGAAGAUGAUCCGAAAACGCGAGCGCUCCCACGCGGAGAUCCUCGACCGGCGCGGACCGCCAUCCGCAACUGAACGCAAUCGCGAAUCUCGCCACUUAGCUUCUCGUAGCGGACUCUUCGUGGUAGGAAUUGAGAAAAACCAGGUGUCGUCAAUUUCUUAUCACUAGAUAACGAGAGAAAGGGAGGGAGAGAGAGAGAGAGAGAAUGAAUGAGUGAGAAAAAGGGAGGGAGAGAGAGAAAUUGUAGACGAGUAAUAUUAUAGUUUAUUCGGUGCGCAGCAGCCUGUCGACCGUAAGUUAAACGAAUCUGGCCUAAGAUGUAGGGAACGUCGCGUCUCCUCGUUAACUACCGAUCGAUCGUUCGGUCGACCGGUCGAUCUGUCCAUCCGCCCGCGUCGUCGUUCGACGGGCGCGGCUGGACGUCCGGAUGCGUCUCGGUCGUCUCUCUACCAAUUGCUUCUGGAUGUCUUUACGUCGCUUUCGAGCUCGCACGUUUCACUCUCCGGGUCUUUAGCUCUGUUUUUUUCUCCUUAGCGCGCUCACGAUUUCGUCGUCGCAUCGUCGCCACUUGUCAUAAGACGCAAGGAAGCACAUACAUACAUACACACACAUAUAUACAUAAAUACACACAAUGCCGGGCGGUUAAGAGACAAACGGUGAACUGCACAUUCGGUCGCUCUGUCGCUCGUUAGGAUCGCGUAACGGAGACAUCGUCGGGUUUCAAUACGCUCGUAUUUUACGCGAAAGCGUCUCGUGUUUCCCUCGCGAGUGUCUCUAACUCUUAGGUAGCUAAUUGCGGAAGCUGACCCGUCUUCCUUGAAAAUCCGUGUUCUCCUCGGCUCGAGCGCGCGCUGCUCUUUUUUCCAAAGCGACCCGUCAGCAAACGGUGCUUACCGAAGAAAGAGGGGGGGAAAAAUGCGAGGGAAAAGCGCGGCGAUCGCGUCGAGCGACGAGAACUAUAAACAGAAACAUAAUAAAGUGAAUGAAACAAAGGCCGAACACACAAUAUUCCUGUGUUCUCGAUAUAUCGUAUAUUUAUGCGCCGCGAUUAGCCGGAAUAUAUCUCGCGGGAGUUCGAAUAACGAGGCGGGGUGAGAAGGAGAGAAAUAAAAAAAGAAGAAGGAGGGACAUCGUUAAUCACUAAAUUGAAUACGCUAUUCCAUUGCAUUUGUACGUAGAGUAGGAUAGAAAGAUCGCGCUACGGAUCGAUCUGCAUAGGGAUCUCUUCGGACACGCGAUCCGGUUUUCGGAUAUGUAUAAAUAAGUUAUAAAGAUACACGCGAAUGUGAAGAAGGGAGGAAAUGGAAGCAUGCGAUGGAGAGAGAGAGAGAGGGAUAAAGAGAUAGAGAAACAUGCGCGAUCACGUGCGCAAACCGCGUGGAUCGGUGUAAUGUCGGUGCAAUUAUUAAUACGAGAGGCUACUCCAAUAACCUUAUGAGUGUCAAUUCCACUUUUAAGUGUAAAUCGUAAUUUCGUGAGAGUUUUAAGAGAAAAGAAUUAGUAGGAGAAAGGGAGGGAGAGAGGAAGGUAGGAAGGGAUAUGAUGUGGCGUUAAACGACGAAAGGUGAGGAGAGAGAAAUCUCAAGUGGUUUAACAUAAAGAAAAAAAAAAUAAGGAUCGCGAAUCCCGCCGACGCGCGACAAAGUGAGAUUACUGAUUAACUUAAUUUACCGAAAAAAUCGAGGAGUAUAUAUAGGGAAGAAAAAAACCAUUAGAGGAGAGAAGGGCGAGAGAGGGAGAGAAAGGGAGAGAGUGAGUGCGAGUGUGCGUCUGUUUGCAUGCGAGAGAAAAAUCGAGAAAGAUGCGUUAAGCUGAAAAGAGAAAAAAAAAAUCGAAAAAAAAAAGAGAAACUAAACCGUAGCACGUGCAAAACGUAACAGAGAUAAUGGAUACUUUUUAUCGUAGGUAUUUCAUAGGUGAGAUUCAUAAAAAUAAUAAUAAUGAUAAUAAUUAUUAAAAAAAAAAGAGAUACCGCAUUUAACGAAUACGAGAGAGUACUUACUGAGGGAAAACUCCAAAAAAAAAAAAAGAAUAAUAAGAACAUUCAACGGCGUUUUUCUCUGCCUAUGCGUAUUAUUAUCCGGCGUCUCGCGCCCACUUCUGCGUGUUGUCGUCGUCAUCAUCGUCGCCGUCGUCGUCGUCAUGCGAGCGCUGUGUGCAAUCCUCCGCGCGCGCGUGCGAGAAACUCGAAUAAUUGCCGGAGAGAGCCGGAAGACAAAACCGGAGAAUAGCCGAGUGGUAAAACGGAGAGAGAGAAAAACAGCAGACGCGAUGAUUAACCAGGCAUCCUUGCGUUCUUGUCUCUAACACGAUUAACUACUAUUACUAUUACUAUUACUACUACUACUACUACAACUAUUACUAUUAUUAUUAUCAUCAUUGACACUGUACAAAGUUGGCAAUAAUCUUAAGAGGUCCCCCUUGAA